AUGUGGGGAUCGCUCUCGAAAAUGUGUUUUGCUGCGAAUACUAGAUCAUUAGAUGCCUUUCAUAUGCUUGGUUCUACGGCUUCAUUACUCAACUAUGGUCUUCAAGCGAUAAUAUCAAAUGAAGAACCUGCUUCUGUGAGGAUCCCUUUAUUGGACUCGACGGUACAAACGAGCGAAACACAUCGAGUAAAUGAGCAAUCAAUCAAUCAUUUGAUGACCGUCGCGAAGUCUUUGUGUAUGCAUCGAUUGGGAAUGCCGAAAUAUCUUUUCUAUCAGAAGUGUCAAUUUGAGGUUAAGGGACCGAUCGUUCCAAUUGAGACGGUCAUCGUCACCGUCAUUGUGCAGUUUGCUGCGUCAGUUGGGAACGAUUACGAGCAAUUGCAAACGGUCAAUCUCAAAGAAGAGGAUUAUUUCAACGCGAAUUUCUUGCUUCAAUUUAACCAAAAUUGCUCUGUCGAUUUUAUCGUCGAAUUUGGUGAUUCAGAGCGUCGA